AUGAAAUUCGGCUCAAGCAUUGUGUUGCUUUCCUUCGGGCUCUUUAACGUCGUUCGUGGUGAUGCUGUUCCUUGGGAGCGGAUCGACAAGAACAACUCUAUGCUCUUGAUUCUCGAUCUCCAAGUCGGCCUCUACCAGCUCAGCCGUGACUGGGAUGCUACGCUCUACCGUGACAACAUGAUGGCUCAUGCUGAGCUAGGCAAGCUCUUCAAUCUGCCCACUGUCCUGACUACCUCGGCUCAGCAAGGUCCGAAUGGUCCCCUGCCAAAGGAGAUGCUAGCAAUGUACCCCGAUGCCCCCCUCAUCCAACGCCAGGGCGAAGUCAACGCCUGGGACAAUCCCGAAUUCCGCGCGGCCGUGAAAGCGACCGGCAAGCAACAAAUCAUCGUCGCUGGCAUCGUAACUGACGUGUGCACCGCCUUCCUUGCGCUUUCUCUCCGCGCCGAAGGCUACUCCGUCUUUGCCAACAUCGAAGCCUCGGGUACAACGACAGCUCUCGUCCGAGACACGGCCAACUCGCGCAUGGAGAAGGCCGGCGUCCAGCUUGUGAGCUUGUUCUCCAUCGUGUGUGAUUUGAUGCGUGACUGGAGGAAUACUCCUGGGGCUAAAGAAGUCCUGCCGUAUCUGGAUAGGUAUAUGCCGGUUUAUGGAAUGCUGGCGAGGGGUCAUGCGGCAGCUGUUGAGAAUGGGACAGUGAUUCCGGGGGAGCAGGGAUUAAUCUAGAUAUUUGGGUUAGUAAUGAGAGGAAGGGAAGGAGCUUGAGAGAAGUGAAUUUGAAGGUGGCAAAGUAGGGUAGGG